AUGAAGACCUUUGGCUUUGCUUCAGCAGCUGCUGCGGCAUUGACCGGCGCCUUUUUCGCGUCGUCUGCUGCCGCUGCUGAUCUCCCUCCUAUUGUCAUUAAGGGCUCCCAUUUCUUCUACGAAAACGGUACCGAAUUCUUCAUUCGUGGUGUAGCAUAUCAACAGGACGUUAACUCCAACACAACUUCCGGCGCUACUUUCACCGAUCCUCUUGCAGACGAGGCUGGCUGCACGCGUGAUGUUCCCCUUCUUCAAGAACUUGGCACCAACGUCAUUCGUGUUUACGCUAUCAAUGCUUCGCUGGACCACUCCGCUUGUAUGAGCCUUCUCAACGAUGCUGGAAUCUAUCUUAUCCAGGAUUUGUCUAACCCUUCAUCUUCUAUCAACCGAAACGACCCAGAAUGGAACACUGAACUCUUUGCCGGAUAUGCCGCUGUUGUCGAUGCCAUGGCUGGUUACACCAAUGUCCUCGGUUUUUUUGCAGGCAACGAAGUUUCCAACGAUGUCAACAACACUAACGCCAGCGCUUUCGUCAAAGCUGCCGUCCGUGAUGUCAAGGCUUAUAUUAAGACUAAGGACUACCGCACUAUUGGUGUUGGUUAUGCUACCAACGAUGAUGCCAAUAUCCGAAUUGACUUGGCGCACUACUUCAACUGUGGUGAUGCUGAUUCUGCUAUCGACUUCUGGGGUUACAAUAUCUACUCAUGGUGCGGUGAUUCUUCCUACACUGAAUCAGGAUAUGAUCAGCGAACGCUUGAAUUCGCCAAUUAUUCUGUGCCCGCAUUCUUCGCGGAAUACGGUUGCAACACUCCAUCGCCACGUAAAUUCACCGAAGUCGGGGCAAUCUAUGGCGACAAAAUGACUGAUGUCUGGUCCGGUGGAAUUGUCUACAUGUACUUCCAAGAGGCGAACGAUUAUGGUCUCGUAUCUGUUUCAGGAACAUCUGUCAGCAAGCUCGCCGAUUUCACUGCCCUUUCGAAGCAAUUGGCGUCUGCCACUCCUAGCUCCACCAACUCUGCCUCCUAUUCUGUUACCAACACAGUAGCACAAGCAUGCCCGGCAACCGGUACUGCUUGGGCUGCAGCCAGCAAUCUUCCCCCUAUCGCAAACGCAGAUCUCUGCGAAUGUAUGGUUAAGUCGUUAACCUGCGUCGCCGGCAGCGGUAUUUCUGGAGACUCCAGUGCUGACCUCUUCGACUACGUUUGUGGUUUGGACAGCGCUGCCUGUGAUGGUAUCGGAAAGAAUGCUACAACCGGAGUUUACGGUGCCUACUCCAUGUGCACAAGCUCUCAACAAUUGUCUUUCGUUUUUGACCAAUAUUAUCAAAACCAAAAUAAGUUAGCCACUGCCUGUGACUUCAGCGGCAGCGCCAAAAUCCAAAAUGGCGCAACGAGCUCAACAUGCUCAAGUCUCAUAAGCCAAGCCGGAACUGCCGGAACUGGAACUGUCACCAGUGCACCAACUGGUACUGGAUCUUCUAGCAGCUCAUCAGGUUCAUCCACCUCAACCAAAAAGAGUGCUGCAGGUGCUACUAUCAUCCCACAUUUCGACUUGGGAUUGUUGCAGCUAGGAGCCUACCUCGUGGUUGCUGGAAUGGCAGGUGCAGGUAUGAUCAUGUUGUAG